AUGGAUCCCGACCAGGAGUCGUCCCUGUCUCAGGUUUCAAGAAGUCCUUCGAAGAUUCCAUGGUGUAAUGCGGGGCACGUUACCCACCCCACCAGGAAACCACACCACGCUGCCCACAUAUUUAUCAUCCUCACCAACCGGUUGCCAGGUAGUUCGCAUAAAAACUCCCCUCGACCACAACCUAGCCACCUGCACAAUACUUCCCCAACCCUAGCAUCCGUGUUGACAGAAGAGUUCAUCUUUAAAUUCAAGUUUCAAGGAAAGUCAGCCAACCUGACAGUCAACACAAGAAAUGGUCCAUCAAUCAAUCUCGAUAACUCUGGUGGUGCUAUCCAUGCUCAUGUUUUGUUGCACCGGCCAACCCAUAACGUCGGCUACGAUCUCAAAGCCAAACGAGCCGACGAGGAACCUUCUCUCGAAGCGAAAGGUGAAGGAGGUGGGAACUAA